CACUAUCGCUGCCCGACUUUAAUUACUGCAUUUCUUCUUUCUCAAAGUGACUCUCUUUUCCGAACUUUUCUGAACGCAGACUUCUCUCCCGGCAUCGACCACCCCGAGAUCGCCCACCGUAUGGAGGCAGCAUCAGCUAGAUACGCGGCGCGGGACCGCUGGGUGCAUGAGGGUCAACCUCCCCAAACACCCCUGCAGCGCUACAUUCACAAUGCCUGCGACCCCCAAAACUUUGAGCCGAACCUGGCCCUGAAUCUGGAGAUAGCCGACUUGAUCAAUGCUAAGAAGGGCAAUGCUCCACGAGAGGCUGCCGUCGCCAUUGUCCAGUACAUCAACCAUCGCAACCCCAAUGUCUCUAUGCUCGCCCUCACCCUCCUCGAUAUCUGCGUCAAGAACUGCGGCUAUGCUUUCCAGCUCCAAAUCAGCACAAAGGACUUCCUCAACGAGCUCGUCCGUCGCUUCCCCGAACGUCCCCCUAUGCGAGCAACUCGCGUCCAAAACCGCAUCCUUGAGCUUAUCGAAGAAUGGCGCUCCACCAUCUGUGUCACGUCAAAGUACAGGGAGGACCUGGGCUUUAUCCGGGAUAUGCACCGCUUGCUGAGCUACAAGGGCUACACUUUCCCUGCUGUCAAGAAGGAGGAUGCCGCAGUACUCAACCCUACAAACGACCUUCGAUCAGCCGAGGAGAUGGAAGAGGAGGAACGCGCUGCUCAAUCAGCGAAACUGCAGGAGCUCAUCCGCAGAGGUACCCCUCAUGACCUGCAAGAAGCCAACAAGCUCAUGAAGAUUAUGGCUGGAUUUGACACUCGCCGCAAGACCGAUUAUCGCGCAAAGGCUGCCGAGGAGGUCGGAAAGAUUCAACAGAAGGCAAGAUUGCUGGAAGAAAUGCUGCAAGGUUACAAGCCUGGCGAUGAGAUCAAGGAGGGUGAUGUCUUCGAGGAACUCGCAAACGCUUUGGCUAGCGCGCAUCCGAAGAUACAGAAAAUGUGUGAGGAAGAGUCAGAAGAUACCGAGGCCGUCGCAAAACUGUUUGAGAUCAACGACAGCAUUCACCGUACUAGCGAGAGAUACAAGCUCAUCAAGAAGGGUGAUCUCGAGGGUGCCAACCGUAUUGCCGCUGGUACUCUGGGUAUCAGUGGUGCUGGUGUUAAGAGCGGCCCCAACAAUGAGCUGUCCUUGAUCGACUUCGGUGGUCCCGAGGAAGAGGAAGCCGCUCAGCCUGCACAGUCCCAGUCAUCGCAGGCAGCUCCUCCACCUAAGGGCAACGCCCUGGAAGACGACUUGCUUGGCCUGUCCAUGGGCGACUCUGCUUACGGAUCUGGUGGUGCCUUGACAUUGGGCUCUCCUAGCAAUGGUCUGGCUGAUCUUGCCGGCCCCUCAAGCUCACAGCCUACGCCCGCCCCAGCACCGGCUGCCAUUCCUCCCCCUGCCCAACCCCAGGCAGCAAAAGCAAACUACGACCCAUUCGGCAUGAUUUCCUCUCCCGCCCCUACAUCAAACGCCUUCAACCAACCCCAGCAGCAACAACGAUCGGCCGAUCCAUUCGCCGCUCUUGCUGGUAACUCGCGCACCGCAUCACCCUUCCAGUUCCAGCAAUCCGUCAAGUCCACAGCAUCGCCCGCAGUCCCCCAAUCUGCUGCAUCACUGUUGGGCGGUGACGAUGAGUGGACUUUCUCUUCUGCUCUCCCCUCUCAGCCCCAGCAGCCUCAAAGUAACGCCGUUACUGUCAUCGACUCGAGUGUUAAGGCUGUCUUCCACGUCUCAAGGCCAGCAGGUGCAACCGACUACUUAGCCAUCGACGCCAGAAUAUCAAACAAAACCCCCCAACCCAUCAGCGAUUUCACCCUCCAACUCGCAGUAACAAAGGCUUUCUCCUUGCAACUGCAACCACAAUCCGGUCGCAACUUGUCGCCAAUGCAAGUCGAUGGCAUUAAGCAAGCUAUCCGUCUGCAAGGUGUCACACAAGGCAAGGGCAAUGCAGUACGUAUGCGAUGGCGUGCCAGUUACUCAGUCGCCGGUCAGCCGCGUGAGGAAAGUGGCGAGGUUAGCAAUCUGGGCGUGCUUUAGAAGCUUACUCUGCUCCUCUUUUAUAGAAAUGUCCUUUCUUGUUUCUUUUCUUGUUUAAUACGACUUUUUGAGAAGCGGAAAACGCGAUUGUGGUUUUCUUGGUUUUCAAUAUCGACUCGUCUGCGCUUGUGUCUACUUGUGAUUGUUGUGUUAUUGUUAGGAGACAAACGAUGACAUGAGUUGAGAGGGUAGACACUAGAGUCUGCGUCUCGCCUUGUUGAGGUGGGGUCAUUGACAGCUUGUCAAUAUGUACGAUGGUUUUUGUGUCGCUGUCGGUAAGAGAGCACGUGUGUAUGAGUGUCAUUCUCGGUGUGCAAAUCACCAACCUUCAAAGGACGACAAGAGGCACGAAUAUGGUAGACAACACAUAGAUAUCACAUCACAGAGAUACGACAG